AUUUAGCGGUCCUGAACUAUAAGUAAGUACGUAUUCUAUUUCAACCUCGUCCCUUUCUCUUUCCCCCUUAAUUUUCCCUUUUCACUAUCAUUUAUCGUCUAUAGCCAAUCUCUUCACCUUGAGAAGUUGACUAUGGACGAAACCCAACCAUUGUUACAAGAUGCCCAUCUCGUAUACGUAGAACGAGAAGACGACCCUUCGAGCAAGGACAUUGUUGACUUCGAUCCCGAUGGCGAUGCGGAAAACCCCAUGGAAUGGCCACAGGCCUACAAGUGGGGGAUAGUGGCGUUACUCGCAUUUAUGGCGUUCACAGUAACAUUUACAUGUAUAUCGGUCGUGCCGGUCGCCACACGUAUCGUGGAAGACCUUGACCAUGGCCACUCUAGCAAAUCAGCAAGCGUGCUUUUGGUGACCAUUUGGGAACUGGGCGAGGCUGCAGGACCCCUGCUCAUCGCGCCGCUGUCUGAAGUAUUCGGGCGUUAUCCCGUUAUGAACGCUGCGAACGCUCUGUUUAUCGUGGCAACUGUCCUAGCAGCAUUGUCUCAGAGCACGACUCUUUUCAUUGUCGCGAGAACUCUAACAGGGCUUUCCGUAGCAUCUAACGUGCUAAACCCCGCAAUUGUCGGCGACAUGUUUAUCUCAGAGCAGAGAGGUUCGGCAAUGAGCCUGAUCCAGCUCGCACCGCUGAUCGGCGGCGCAGUCGGUCCAGCCAUUAGUGGGGCGAUCGCGGAGACGCUGGGAUGGCGGAAAGCGAUGUGGAUGAGCGUGAUCCUAGCUACCGCAUGCGAAGUAGUAUUCUUGACUUUAUUCCGCGAAACAUACAAAGUCCCAAUCCUAAGGCGAAAGGCGGCGAGGCUCCGGCGCGAAACCGGUAACGCAUCGCUACGGACCGUGUACGAUAUGGAUGACAGUCCAAAGGCCAAAAAGAUAUGGGUCGCUAUCACCCGCCCUUUUACGGUGUUAGCUGGCUCGGGUGUUUUACAAGCGCUGUCAUUAUUCGGGUCGAUUGUUUUCACAUACUUCUAUAUAACGGCGACCACACUACCCGACGUCCUCCAGUCGAUGUACGGUUUCUCGCCUGCUGCCGCCGGAUCUGGACUUGUUACCUUCAGCAUUGGCUCGGCUUUCAGUCUCAUCAUCUGCAAUCUAACUUUGGAUAGGAUUUAUAUCAAAUUGCGCGACUCCAAUAAAGGCGUAGGAAGGCCCGAGUAUCGACUACCUCUAGUGAUUAUCGGCGGCAUCACAUUACCCCUCGUCAUUGCAUGUUACGGAUGGUCUAUUCAGACUCACGCCUCAGCCGUACUGGUUCUAUCUUCCGUUAUCGGGAUUGGUGUCACGCUCAUGCUAGGGUUUUUGCCACUUUAUGCGUAUGUCGUGGAUGCUUUUGGAUUGUAUGCGGCCUCCGCAAUGACCGCUGUGAUAGUGAUGAGGUGCUUAGCGGGCACAUUCUUGCCUCUUGCCAUAGAACCGCUCGUGAACAAAUUCGGCUACGGAGGAGGCUUAUCGAUGUUAGGUGGUGCCAGUCUUCUUCUUGCCCCAAUCCCUAUCUUGGUGCUGAGAUACGGGUCGAAAUGGCGGCAAAGCUCUAAGUAUACAAGGGACGAGUGAGUCAUGGAUUCCAACACGCUCGGGAACUUGUUGUAUCCGGAUUUCAAAAUCGAUGACAUUUCUGGAUAAUUUGGCACAACUAUUAGGUUAAUUAUACGACGACGAAAUGAAUUAUGAAGAAGUUUCAAGAUUUGCACCUUCACUCAUUUUUGGUAAUGGUCUAGGUGCAAUCUGGGGUGCUUAAGGUGGGGUGGUUACCUAGGGGUUACCCCGCCUCCUUUUAGUGACGCUUCAGUUUAGACAGCAUGAUUUCAAGUAACAGGCAUGCCAAGCCUGAGCCAAACCUUCUAAAAUGAUAUAUGACUCUUAAAUAGAACCUAUGAC